UGUCAGCCCCUAGGUUUGUCGUUACUUCAUAUACCUGCCAACACUUCCGUUUUUCCCGGGUUUCUCCCGUAUUUAAAGGCCAUCUCCCGGCGCCCUCCCGGGAAACUCCCGCAAUUUGCAUGGCCCUCAAACUUUAUUAUGAAUACACGGAUCCAGGUUUUGGCUGUUUGUCUGACGUCUCCAAGUUGUCUGAUCGUCUAUGAAACACAAUCCACACACUACAUACUAUUUUAACCCAUCUGUCACGCAACCUGGCAACCCACACCGCGAUCCAAGGGGCACGUGCGCGGCUGCUCUCAGGCAGACGGGAAACCUAAAUGUUGGCAGGGAUUGCAACAUCGACCGUCCUGUUGCUGCCUCUCAGAUGUGUUCUCACCAAUGUCUCAUUGCCUGGUUUAGAGGAGCAGCACUGACCUGAGGGAGACUCUACAUGCUCAGAGGAACAAAUAUACCUGGUGAUCUUCUAUAAGUAAGCACAUAAACACUGGACUAAUGGGGGAUCUCAGGCAGAAGAUGGGGGUCAUGUCACAGACGAUAUGCCCAAGUUCACGGGCUCCAUCUGACGAGGACUUAAAGGCCCCAAAUACUGGGAAAGAAGAGAAAAUGCAGAUGAAGAGAGAAAUCUCCCUCAUUAAUGGAAUCUGCCUCAUCGUUGGCAACAUGAUUGGCUCUGGGAUCUUUGUCUCACCGAAGGGUGUACUCAUGCACAGUGCCUCUUACGGGCUGUCGUUGCUGAUUUGGGCUGUUGGAGGUGUCUUUUCAGUGUUUGGGGCUCUGUGCUACGCAGAGCUCGGCACCACCAUCACCAAGUCUGGAGCCAGCUACGCCUACAUCCUGGAAUCGUUUGGAGGCUUCCUGGCUUUCAUCCGCCUGUGGACGUCCAUCCUGCUGAUCGAGCCGGCCAGCCAGGCUGUGAUUUCACUGACCUUCGCCAACUACCUGGUGGAGGCUUUCUACCCCACCUGCCAGCCACCUUACGAUUCUGUCCGGCUUAUUGCUGCAGCCUGCCUCUGUAUGCUAAUCUUUGUUAACUGUGCCUAUGUGAAGUGGGGCACUCUGAUCCAGGACAUUUUCACUUAUGCCAAACUCCUGGCACUCUUCCUCAUCAUCAUUGUAGGAAUCCUGAAAAUAUUUAAUGGAGAAACAAAGAGCUUCGAGCGUCCGUUUGAGGGCUCCUCCACAGAUCCCGGAGCCAUUGCUUUGGCCCUCUACUCAGCUCUCUUCUCCUACUCCGGCUGGGAUACACUCAACUUUGUCACUGAGGAGAUUCAGAAUCCAGAGAGGAAUCUGCCCCUGGCCAUUGCCAUUUCCAUGCCCAUAGUGACCAUUAUCUACCUUCUGACCAACGUGGCAUACUAUGUGGUUCUGGACAUGCCAUCUCUGCUGGCCAGUGACGCCGUCGCUGUGACAUUUGGGAAUGCUGUCCUGGGGCCGUUGAAGUGGAUCAUCCCUGUUUCAGUGGCCAUGUCCUGCUACGGAGGACUCAAUGCUUCUAUCAUUGCUGCCUCACGGUUGUUUUUCGUCGGGGCCAGAGAGGGCCACCUCCCCAACAGCUUGAGUCUGAUUCACCUGGAGCGCUACACACCAAUACCUGCACUGCUGUUCAAUGGGUUAAUGAGUCUGAUCUUCCUGUGCGUGGAGGACGUGUUCCAGCUCAUCAACUAUUUCAGCUUCAGUUACUGGCUCUAUGUGGGGCUGUCUGUGGCCGGCCUCAUCUACCUACGCAUCACUCAGCCGGACAGACACAGGCCUGUGAAGUUGACCUUGUUCUUCCCCAUCAUCUACUGUCUGUGUAGCCUGUUCUUAGUCAUCGUCCCUCUGUACGGAGACACCAUCAAUUCUCUCAUAGGAAUUGGCAUUGCACUGUCUGGGGUGCCGGUCUACUAUGUGGCCGUUUACCUGCCUGAGGAGAGGAGGCCCAAAUUCAUUCACAAGUUAAAUGCCUUUGCCACCAGAUCCACCCAGAUGCUGCUCUACUGCUGCCUGACUGAAUUUGACACAGAGACAGAAGCACAAGCAGGCAGUAAAACGCAGUGAGCUGCAGACAAACCCCGUCGUUCAGUAGCCAGCCGGAGGCCUCAGUCUUGUCCAUUUGUUGACUUCCAACAAGGCAGAAAAACAAGGCCUUUCAUUGAAAGAGUGUGAGGAUUACUUCUGCCAGGUCAAGUUUAAAAGAAAAGGGGAAAAAAAAAAAAAAAAAGACAUCUCAAAUGGCUCACCACUAAGGAGCAGGCACUUGAGAAGCUGCAAACUGUUGCUUUCUUCUGAAAAUGCAAUAUACUUUUUUUUUUCUACAGAGAUCAAGAAUAUCUUCUAUGAGGAUUUAAUAAAACUAUGGCAAAAAAUAUGUAGCUCAA